AUUCCUGUGUCGAGUCAGCAAUUCGUCUGUUUUAUAAGAAUUUUAGUCCCCCCCUUCCCCCCCUCCCGCCAGAUUCUCCCCAAGCUAAAUAGUCCCUCCCAGGAGACUUGGAAACUCGUGCUCAGCUGACUGGCGCAGGAGGAAUGACAAACUGAACUGCAGGAAGAUAUUCUGGACUGAGAACUUCCGACAAAUGAUGCCCACAGGCCCGCUUAGAUUCAGAGGUUGAACAGAAUUGCCUGUAUCUACGAGACUAGAGUCUGUGGAAGCAGCGUCCUGAGCGCUCUCUAGCUCCCCAGGAGGAACCAGGACGUCAGAACUCUUUCAAGCUUCCCAGGCUGUCUCAGUAGCAGACCCUGCCCCAGCCCAGAGUCCCCUCUUCAUUUCCUCCGACUUUCGUCAUCCCGUAGUGGCGCUGGCUGCAGCCCUCCCUGGUUGUUUUAUUUAUUUAUUUUGCACCAACAGGGUUGCUGCAGACUCAUUCUGGUUUAAAAGAGAGAAGAGGAGGGAAAGGGGGGAAAGGAGAAAUGCUUUCUGGCUCUUUUUUCUCGCUCGGUCUUGGCAGCGCAGCCGGCCGCAUUAGCAGCAGAGGCAGCUGCAGCCACAGCAGUCCUGCCUGGCGGCUGAUGCCGCAAGCUGCCGGGCAGUGGGGAGCGGGGAGCCAGACACACAGGGGAGGUGGAGAAGCCAAGGUGCAGCUUGGAUGGGACAGGCCCCAGCCCUGGAGCGAUGCAGCGCCCAACUUGAUGCCACCCUCCAGCUACUCCGGUGGUUCAGUGGAGCGCAGGGUCACCAUCCUCUGAAGCCACUUUCCAAAGAAGGCAUGUCAUCAUCUAUUCCAGGCCUCAGGGGAUGGACGCAGCCACCACUCCAAAGCAAGCUUGGCUCCCAUGGUCCCCACUCCUUUUCCUGCUCCUCCUGCCUGGAGGGAGCCUCAGUAGCUGCCCCACUGUGUGUGACUGCACCUCCCAGACACGGGCAGUACUUUGUGCCCACAGGCGACUGGACGCUGUCCCUGGAGGGCUUCCACUGGAUACAGAGCUCCUGGACUUGAGUGGGAACCGCCUGUGGGGGCUUCAGCAGGGCAUGCUCUCCCGACUGGGCCACCUCCAAGAACUGGACCUCAGCUACAACCAGCUCUCCACCCUUGAGCCUGGGGCCUUCCAUGGCCUACAAAGUCUACUUACCCUGAGGCUACAGGGCAAUCGGCUGAGGAUUGUGGGUGCUGGGAUCUUCUCAGGUCUGUCUGCCCUAACGCUGCUGGACCUUCGCCUCAAUCAGAUAGUCCUUUUCCUAGAUGGAGCCUUUGGUGAACUAGGCAGCCUCCAGCAGCUGGAGGUUGGCGACAACCACUUGGUGUUCGUGGCUCCAGGGGCCUUCUCUGGGCUGGCCAAGCUAAGUACCCUCACCCUGGAACGCUGCAACCUCAGCACAGUGCCUGGCCUCGCCCUUGCCCAGCUCCCAGCCCUGGUAGGUCUUAGGCUUAGAGAACUGGAUAUUGAGAGGCUGCCGGCUGGGGCACUUAGAGGGCUAAGGCAACUAAAGGAGCUGGAGAUCCACCACUGGCCAUCUCUGGAGGCGCUGGACCCGGGGAGCCUGGUUGGGCUCAACCUGAGCAGCCUGGCCAUCACCCACUGCAAUCUGAGCUCAGUACCCUUCCAAGCACUACACCACUUGAGCUUCCUCCGCGUCUUGGAUCUAUCUCAGAAUCCUAUCUCGGCCAUCCCAGCCCGAAGGCUCAGCCCCCUGGUCCGGCUCCAGGAGCUCAGGCUGUCGGGCGCCUGCCUCACCUCCAUCGCUGCCCACGCCUUCCACGGCCUGACUGCCUUCCACUUGCUGGAUGUGGCAGACAAUGCUCUUCAGACUCUGGAGGAAACAGCUUUCCCUUCUCCAGACAAACUGGUCACCCUGAGGCUGUCCGGUAACCCCCUCACCUGUGACUGCCGCCUCCUCUGGCUGCUCCGCCUCCGCCGCCGCCUGGACUUCGGUACAUCCCCCCCUGCUUGUGCUGGCCCCCAGCAUGUCCAAGGGAAGAGCUUAAGGGAGUUUUCAGACAUCCUGCCUCCAGGCCACUUCACUUGCAAACCAGCCCUGAUCCGAAAGUCUGGGCCUCGAUGGGUCAUUGCAGAGGAGGGUGGGUAUGCUGUUUUCUCCUGCUCCGGAGAUGGGGAUCCAGCCCCGACUGUGUCCUGGAUGAGGCCUCAUGGAGCUUGGUUGGGGAGGGCUGGGAGAGUAAGGGUCCUGGAAGACGGUACACUGGAGAUCCGCUCCGUGCAGCUGCGGGACAGGGGGGCCUAUGUCUGUGUAGUCAGUAAUGUCGCUGGGAAUGACUCCCUGAGGACCUGGCUAGAAGUCAUCCAAGUUGAACCACCAAAUGGCACUCUCUCUGACCCCAACAUCACCAUGCCAGCAAUCCCAGAGCCUUUCUUUCUGGACAGCAGGGGUGUAGCUAUGGUGCUGGCAGUGGGCUUUCUCCCCUUCCUCACCUCAGUGACCCUCUGCUUCGGUCUGAUCGCUCUUUGGAGUAAGGGCAAGGGACGAGUCAAGCACCACAUGACUUUUGAUUUUGUGGCACCUCGGCCCUCUGGGGAUAAGAACUCCGGGGGUAACCGGGUCACUGCCAAGCUAUUCUGAUCUUUCCUUCCACACUGAAGACUGCCCGGGUCCACUUCAGAAGCAAAGGAAAAGGCAGGACUAAGGUCUCUUGAAGCACAGCUUCAUGCUAACCAGCACGUCCUCCCACACCUGUCACCUGCGUUAAGGAGAGCUGCUCUAGUCUGAGGCCAGCACUGCUGCCUCUUCCCUGAGGCCCCAGGGAGCUGCAGAUAGGGACCUUAUCGCCAGCACAUCCAGGAUGCCCCCACCCGGCACCCACACACAAGGCUCCAGGCUGCUCGCCAUGCAUGUAUAUCCUUUAAUAACUAGGAGCAGUUACCAAACAACCACAAGAUUAUUUCAGAAGUGGAGCUGGGAUGCAUCACAAGCUUCUUAGAGUCUGCUCAUCAGGCAGAGAGUCUCCCUUUCUUUUCUGUUAACCAGUAUCCAAUCCAGCCUAUGCCCCUAGGCACAGGAAGGGACUAGAGCCAAGGGCUCCAGAGGAUGCCUGAGAGCGUGGCCUGACUACACUCUGGCACGCUGUCUGCAGGAGCCUCCACCACUUUCCUGACUGUCAAAAGCCACCACAGGGGCAGUGAGAAUGAAACAUGACCUCUGGAACUUUCUUUACUUCUGUCUACUUCUUCCCUUUCCUCCCAUUUCAGUUAUUGAUCAUCUUGCUUCUGCCUCACUAAGUCUGACACAAAGGGUGAGGAGACACAAAGGCCUGCAGAGGUCAGCACUCCUCAACCCUCUCGGUCUGCAUGCUUCCCCAUUUACUCUGCUCUCUAGAGACAAAGAAGGCAAGAUUCUUCCAUCUUUGACAGGGAUCCCUAUUCAGAAAUCUCCUAUUUCACAUCUUCCAUCAUUCCAGGGUUACAAAUCCCAAGUGUGCUUGGCAAGGGGAAAGCCAGAGGGGAACUCCUAGAAAAGGCUAACAAACACAGAAUGUGCAAGGUUGAGCAGCUCUGCAAGCCACAAUGGGAAGUGGAAGGAAGAGGGCAGCAGCUGCAGGGGUGCUUCUGCAUCAGUCUCUGCUCCCCCAUUUGGAUUUAGUGUGGUCCCGGUGGCACGCUGUCCCUGGAUAGAUGUUACCUCAGGGAGGAAGGGGAGUCAGAAGUAGAACUGCUGACUACUACAGUAUGCUUCCAACAGAGGACAAAGCAGAGCCCAAAAUGCUGGGUGCUCAGAGUGACAGCAUCAGCAUCCGAGGGGGAGGAGGAAAGGGGGACAUCAGGAUAGGAGGAGGGGCUGACAAGUGGAGAGUCAUGCAGCCCCGGGGAGUUGGUUUCUCUUGGCUGCAGAAUCUACCCAGUGUCCUUAGUUUCCCUCCUCCUUGCUGGGUUCUUGCCCACCUCAGGCUAAAAAGUAUGCCACCAUGAGCUUUUUAGCGGCUGCUGUUGCCCUUGCUCUCAGGAAACUGCUCACUGCAGUAAGUCCUAGCUCAAACUGUCCCUGACAGGUGAGAACAGCUGGCGUCACUGAGCCAGCAAAGCUGGAUUUGAGGGGACAUGGGCACUUGGGAGGGCUAGAAGUGGUUAUAGGAAUUUAGGGGUUAUAGAUAAAGGCCAGAGAAAAGGACAUUCUUGAGACAUAGGCAACGCUAAGACCCCAAGCUCCUCCAUGCCCUCACAGUCUGAAGAGCCAUUCAGCAGCCUCCUCCUCUCCUCAUCUUUCUACCAGGAGCUUAUUAGGUUGGGACCUAGGAGGUGCCUAUGGGUUGUUCUCCACUACCCCUAUUCUAAGAUUUAUCUCUUUACUUUAUGUGUAUGUGUCUGCAUGUAUGUAUUAUGUAUGUGCACCGUGUGUGUGUACUUGGUGCCCACAGAAGUGAGAAGAAAACAUUGGAUCCCUGGAACUAGAGUUUUAGAUGUCUGUAAGGCAACCUAUGGGUGCUGGUAACCUAACCCAAGUCCUCUACAAAAGCAUCAAGUGCUCUUAACCACUGAACCACCUCUCCAGUCUCCCUCCCAACCUCUACUCCCCGCUUUUAAGACAAGGUCUCACUGGUUGGCCUGGAACUUGAUACAUAGACCAAAUUGACUAUAACCUCACAGAGGCCUGCCUCUGCCUUGAAAGUACAAGUAAAGGUAUGUGGCACCAUGCCCACUCCACCUCCACCCCAAUCCAUAUUCUUGCAUAGCUUUCCCAGGAAACCUUGGACAAGUGAAGCCCAUUCAUUUACAGUUACUGUGUUGAGCACUUCCACAGCUGUUCUGAUAAUCUACAAGUGAGUCUUUUACCUGAUCUGCUGGGAAGGGUGCUCUUAGCUCAGUCGUGAUUGCACAGGCUAAGGUGUGUAUGUGUGUGUGUGUGUGUGUGUGUGUGUGUGUGAUUGUUUAAUCCUCACACCAACCCUAAAGGUAAAUUAGAUUAAGAUUCUCAAGUGCACAGAGCUGCUUAAUAAGGGAGCUGUACUUGAACUCAGAGGUGACUGACUCAGAAAUCCACCAUUUCUGCUCUACCACCAAAGUCACUGUUGCGCUCUUGUAACAGACUCUCAGUUGUAGGGCAUAAAGCUGUGAGAAAAGUGAGGUGUCAUAUCCUAACCAUUCCACUGUUAAGGGGGUCUGGAUCCACCUGUUGAUUGUGACCUUUCUGCUGUAACUGUGAUGUGCCUGACUCAGGACGUUGCUUUUACUCCUUUUUAUCCCUCUCAUCUCUUAGUAAUCUGUCUGCCUCAAGGACUGCAGAAAGGAGCAAAAAUUCCAGGCAUCAGACAGACGAAAAGAGACUGCCUGUCUCCCAGAAAAGAAUUUUAUCAUGAUUAAAACUUCAGGGGUUUUAACUUCAGAAACUCUUGGGUUAAAGAGGGACUUACAGGGGGCUGGAGAGAUUAAGUGGUUAAGAGCACUGUCUGCUCUUCCAAAGAUCCUGAGUUCAAUUCCAGGAACCACAUGGUGGCUUACAACCAUCUAUGCAAUCUGGGAUGUGCCCUCUUCUGGUGUGUAGGCAUAUACGUAGGAAGCAUAUAUAGAUAUGUAGAUAGAUAGAUAGAUAGAUAGAUAGAUAGAUAGAUAGAUAGACAGACAGAUGGCUCAGAGGGAAAGAAAGAAAGAAAGAAAGAAAGAAAGAAAGAAAGAAAGAAAGAAAGAAAGAAAGAAAAGAAAGAAACUUACAGUAUGGUAAAACAACCAGAGUCAUUUGAAUCCAUUGCUCUGUCCAGCUUUUGCCUACCCCUGUUGGAAAGGACUUUCUUUUCUUUUUUUAACUUUUAUUAAUUACACUUUAUUCACUUUGUAUCCCCCCAUAAACCCCUCACUCCUCCCCUCCUAAUCCCACCUUCCCUCCCCUUCUUCACGAAUGCCCCUUCCUGGAAAGGACUUUCUUAAACCAUUCCAAUCCUAUCCUCCUUUCUCCCAUUUUGGAAGAGCAUCAAAGCUCACAGGCUGAGAGAACAGACCCAAAGCCCUCUAGGACCAUUUCAGCGUUCUCCCAUAUUGGUUCCUGACAGAUUGCUUUCUCUAAUUUCUAACAUCGGGCUUUUCUUUGCUGUGCUAGAUACUAUUCUAGGAUGAAAGCCCUGCAAAGCAACACCCUCACCGUUGGGUCACAGGCUUCUCUUGAUACUACCUAGUGCAAGCAGUGACAGUAAAUGUUUCCUAUUAUCCAGUCACUCCAAAACAAGCACAGACUCCACAGUGACUUGGGAAUUCACAGUGACUUGGGAAUUCAUUUGAAGGUCUUUGGUCUUGGAAGCCUGUUUGCAGAGGUAAAGCAGAGGUGAGGGCUCAGGCUGCCUUUGCUCCCCAGGGUCCAUUAAAAACAAGAAUAAAGGGUUACCUUGUAACAGAGAUGCUACAGCAGGUGCUGUGGUGGUCCCUGUCCCCUGCCUCUACCAGUACUCAUUUCUCAGGGACAGGUGAGGGACCUCUGGGUGGGACUCCUACUCUAAAGAGGAACAUAAGGGUAACUCAGGAUGGACAACAUCUCAGGAUAGCAGCUUACAAAUCCUGUUCCUCUAAAUUGCUUUAUAAAGGAAACCAAGUGGGAGGCAGCCUUGGGGGGGGGGGGGUUCUAAACCCUUUGGGGUCAAAUGACUGUUUUUCACAGAAGUUGCCUGAGACCAUCAGAAAAUACAUAUAUUUGCAUUACAAUUAAGAACAGUAGCAAAAUUACAGUUAUGAAGUAGCAACAAAAAUGUUAUGGUUAGGGCUCUCCACAACAUGAGGAGCUGCAUUAAAGGGUCCCAGCAUUAAGAAGGUGGAGAACAAAAAAAAAAAAAAAAAAAAGAAGGUGGAGAACAGCUGCCUUAGAGUGUGGUGGAGGAGGAGGCUGAGAAUCUCCCUCCUGGGACUCCUGAUCAAUCUCAUAUCAAGACAGGAUAGCAGAGCAUCAGCAUAAAUGACAAGAGUAAGCCUCCUGGUGCCAAUUACUAGUUUCUGGUGGAAAUCUGAUUGAUGGGGGAGGAAGCUGUAGCUCCUACUGUGGGUGGGAGGCAAAGGAGAGGUAAGUGCUGCUUUUCAAAGGAUUAUCCAGCACAGCAGCAGUUGAAAGGGUCAUUUACAUUGACUGGGGAAAGGAACACUGAGUCAGAGUUCUGUAGCCAGGCUACCUUUGCCUAGAACCCCAUACUAUCCAAAGUCAGCCUUUUUUUUUUUUUUUUAAUUGUAUGUGCAUCUCUGUGCGGCCAUGUGCAUGCGCAGGUGCCCAGAGAGGCCUGAGGCCUUGGCUCCCCUGAAGCUGGAGUUCCAGGUGGUUGUGAGUGGCCCAAUGUGGGUGCUGGGAACUGCUCCAGAAGAGCAGUGAACUCCAUCCCCUGAAGCCUGCUUUCUGCUUUGCCUUACUGAAUAAAAACUCUCCCUGAUGGGCUGAGACUUUAUCCCAGCUUACCUACAGGCUCCUGAAGUCUGUUCAGAAGCCUUCCAAGGAAAGAGAACAGACUUUUAGGAGUUGGAAAUGAAAGAGAUCACAAUCUAUCCAACCCAGCAACUCAAAACUUCAAUCCUUUGGGCUCCCGAGGGAAAUGAGAUGACAAAUCUAAAAUUCACAGUGACUUGGGAAUUCAUUUGAAGCCAUUUCACUCCUUCUUUCUGCUCCUCAAACUUCCUACCCAGACAGUGAGACAUGAUGCCCUUGAAAAGUAACAAUACCCUGAUUAAGGAAUUCCUCCAGACUGAUGUGACCUGAAUUCGGCCCAGGCAACCCACAUAGUGGAAGGAAAGAACUGAUUCCCACAUGUGUCCCGUAACACAUGUGUCAUACAGGAGCAUGACACACACACACACACGUCCUGUAACAUAUGUGCCAUACAGGAGCAUCACACACACACACACACACACACACACACACACACGUGUCCUGUAACACAUGUGCCCAUGUGCCAUCCAGGAGCAUGACACACACACACACACACACACACACACACACACACGUCCUGUAACACAUGCACAAAUUAUUAAGUAAAUUCUAAAACACGGUCCUCUGCUAUAAUUUUAGUUUUUAAUUCCUACUUUGAACUUCCAUUUCAUUUCUUUUCUUCAUCUGCUUCACCUGCACUGGAGCUGGAAAAUGAUGGGCCUAUAAAAUAAUCAUGGAUUUAAAUACUCUACCAAUUUUAAUUUAAAAAGUGGCUACAGUGGCUAACGAAAUGAUUUAAUAUGUAGUGGCAACUGCCACCAAGCCUGGCAGCCUGAUCCCUACCACCCCCUGGGCCUCUAAGCUGGAUGGAAGAAGUAACUUUCACAAGUUUUUCUCUAACUGCCACAGCGUUCUAUAACACAGUCAAGCAAACACACUUUCUGACCAACAUACUCACAUUGUACAUUCACACACAACUUCACAACAAAUAAACUAAUUAAAAACAACUAAAUUUAAAAAAUUAAACAAUUUUUUUAAGACAAGAUAGAUAGCUCAGCAGUUAAGCUGUGUUCGCUGCACUUGCAAAGAACCUGAAUUCUGAUCCUACCCAGAUUCGCAUAAAUAUACCCACAUACACAUGAAAGCAAAAUGGAAUAUUCUCAAAUUGCUGUAGCAAUCAAGACAUUCAACGAUCUAGGAAUACUCUUAAGACACAUGCAAGUCCUACAUGAUGAAAACUUUACAAUACAGCAAUGGGACAUCCAAGACUUAAACCUACAGGAAGAAUCUGUAUCAUAAAUACAACAAUGCUCCUUUAAUCUAAAAAUAGAUGAUUUUAAUUAAAAAAACAUUGGCAAGAAAAGUAAAUUGUGGAAAUUUCUCACCAUGUAAUGUGACAUGUUAAGGAGAAUAAAUGAAGAAAAUGUAUAUACAGUAAUGCUGAAUCCCACUGAAAUAACCUAAACAAAGAAAGCUAGACACAAAAAGGACAUGCUCCCUGACUCCCACUUGGGGUAAUGACAGGAAGGGGACUCAUGAGUGGCUUCUGGGGCACUGGUAAUGUUACUACUUGAUUUGGUGCUGCUUACAAACGAUUUCAUUUUUGAAAGCUCAUCAAGAUGUAUAUUUAGUGGCCAGAUAUGGCAACUCAUGUUUGUAUUCCCAGAACUCUUGCGGGUAAGGCAGGAGGACUGCCUUGAGUUUGAGACCACCCUAGACUACAUAGUGACUUCCAAGCCAGCCUGGGUUAUAGAACAAGAUCCUGUCACAAACCAACAAAAUGUUCAUUUAUCAUUUGUACAUGUACUAUAAAUUAAUUUUUAAAAUUGUGUCAAAAAUAUAUAGCAUGUAUCAGUGGUAUUAGAACAUGAAUAGAUCAGUGGAACAAAAUGGGCCUAAAGAGAGGGCUGGAGAGAUGACUCAGCUGUUAAGAACACUUGCUAUCUCCUGCAGAGGACCUGGGUUUGAUUCCUACCAUCCUCAUGGUACUCACAACCAUCUUUAACUCAAGUUCCAGAAGACCUGGAACUGUCCUCUUCAGACACCAGGCAUGCACACGGUGCACAGAUAUACAUGAAGAUAAAAUACUCAUACUCAUAAAAUAUUCAACUACAUGUGUGAAUUUGGGUAUUAUAAAGGUAGUAUUAAAAAACAACAGAGAAUAUGAAGAGUUGCAUAUCUCACAUCUUUAUGCCAAAAUAAACUCCAGAAGAAUCAAAAAUUUAUACAUUCACAAAAACAAAAUGUUUUUUUAAAAAAACAAGGGUUUUUAAAAUAAUUUUAAGUAAUGACUUUUCUAAAUGUGACAUGAAACCCAAAAGUUAUGAAAAAUGUUGAUGAAUUCAACUACAUAGAAAUUACUGGGGCUGUGAAGAUAGUCCAGCCAGUUAAAGGCCUGCUCUGAAAGCACAAGCACCUAAACUGAAAUUGGCAGCACUCACACAAAAAGCCUGGAGUGAUAUUGUAUCCAGGAAGUAAAGGGACAGGCCGGUCUCUGCAGCUCACUGGCCAGCUAGCCUGGCCUAAACACUACUCCCAGGUUCAGUGAGAGGCCCUGUUUGGGUUUUUUGGAUUGUGUUGUUGUUUUGUUUUUUUUUUGACACAGGGUUUCUCUGUGUAGCCCUGGCUAUCCUGGAACUCACUCUAUAGACCGGGCUGGCCUUGAUCUCAGAGAUCCACCUGCCUCUGCUUCCUGAGUACUGGGAUUAAAGACAUGCAUCACCAGACCCAGCUUCUU